GCCGCCGCAGUUUCAGCUGCUGUUGUCGUUGCCCUUGUCCGAGCAAUCGGCCCUGCUGUUCCAAAAUGCCGAGUUCCUGCCAAGAGAUCAGAAACGCUCUGGCGCAAUGCCUUCAAGAGUCCGACUGCAUUAUGGUUCAACGGCGCUCGCCCCGGGAGUGCCUGAGUGAGCCAUACGUCGACGAACUGCCCAUGCGAUGCCAGCAGCUGCGGAAAGGGUUCGGGGAGUGCAAGCGCGGAUUGAUCGAUAUGCGGAAACGGUUCCGUGGAAACCAACCCCUCUCGGCAGGGAAGACGGAGAGCGCAAGCUCUGGCACAUCCCAGCAAUUAUAUGCAGGCAAGCCGGCGUUCGAGACGGUUAAGGAAAUCAGUGGUGAUGAGGUGCAGAUGGAUCCGGAGAAGACUCGUGGUCUGUGAGGGGCACACGGGUGGCUUCUGGAAUGGAGGGUCUGCCGUUGGUGACACAGCCGAUUUUCUUUCGCACUGUAACAUCAUUGUUUCUGCUUGUUUUCUUUCGCUGGCAUGGCUUGGAGUUUGGACGAUUGUGGGACCACCCUGAGAUGAUUGUCGGUUCAUACUAGUCUGUACAUAUGCAAUAGGUCUUCUGCGCUGACCGACCUACUAGAACUGACUUGGGCAUCUACGAUUGGGCUUUGUUAAGGCGUCAUGAACGCAAUGUGCAAG